AUGUCAGUCAGCAUGCAUGAGAAUCGGAAGUCUAGAGCCAGCACUGGCUCUAUAAACAUAUAUUUAUUUCACAAAUCUUCGUAUGCUGAUAGUGUCCUCACUCAUCUGAAUCUUCUGCGUCAACAGCGUUUAUUUACAGAUGUACUUCUCCAUGCUGGGAACAAGUCAUUCCCUUGCCAUAGAGCUGUCCUAGCUGCCUGUAGUCGAUAUUUUGAAGCCAUGUUCAGUGGUGGUCUUAAAGAAAGCCAAGCCAGUGAAGUCAACUUCCACAAUUCCAUCCAUCCAGAGGUUCUAGAACUUCUCCUGGACUAUGCGUACUCUUCAAGGGUCAUCAUCAAUGAAGAAAAUGCAGAAUCCCUUUUGGAGGCAGGUGAUAUGUUAGAAUUCCAAGACAUUAGAGAUGCUUGUGCAGAAUUCUUAGAGAAGAACCUUCAUCAUACUAAUUGUCUUGGCAUGUUGCUUCUGUCUGAUGCUCACCAGUGUACCAAACUUUAUGAGCUUUCUUGGAGGAUGUGCCUUAGCAACUUCCAGACUAUCAGUAAAAGUGAAGAUUUUCUCCAGCUUCCAAAAGAUACGGUUGUUCAGCUGCUCUCUAGUGAAGAAUUAGAGACUGAAGAUGAACGAUUAGUUUAUGAAUCUGCCAUGAACUGGAUUAACUAUGAUCUACAUAAACGCCACUGUUAUCUGCCAGAAUUAUUGCAGACUGUGAGAUUGGCUCUUUUGCCAGCCAUCUAUCUAAUGGAAAAUGUAGCUACUGAAGAGCUUAUCACCAAGCAAAGAAAAAGUAAAGAGAUUGUAGAAGAAGCAAUCAGAUGCAAAUUGAAGAUUCUGCAGAAUGAUGGUGUAGUCACUAGUUUAUGUGCUAGGCCUCGAAAAACUGGGCAUGCCUUAUUUCUUCUGGGAGGCCAGACUUUUAUGUGUGACAAAUUAUAUCUUGUCGACCAAAAAGCAAAGGAGAUCAUUCCAAAAGCUGACAUCCCAAGUCCAAGGAAGGAAUUCAGUGCAUGCGCAAUUGGCUGUAAAGUCUAUAUUACUGGUGGUCGAGGAUCUGAAAAUGGAGUCUCUAAAGAUGUUUGGGUAUAUGAUACACUUCAUGAAGAAUGGUCCAAAGCAGCUCCAAUGCUAGUUGCUCGGUUUGGCCAUGGUUCUGCUGAACUCAAACACUGUCUAUAUGUUGUAGGAGGUCACACAGCAGCCACAGGUUGUCUUCCAGCCUCUCCUUCAGUAUCCUUAAAGCAAGUAGAACAGUAUGAUCCUGUGACUAACAAAUGGACAAUGGUUGCCCCACUUCGAGAAGGAGUAAGCAAUGCUGCUGUAGUCAGUGCAAAGUUAAAACUCUUUGCUUUUGGUGGUACCAGUGUCAGUCAUGAUAAGCUUCCAAAAGUACAAUGUUACGACCUGAGUGAAAACAGGUGGACUGUACCAGCCACUUGUCCUCAGCCAUGGCGAUACACAGCUGCAGCUGUUCUGGGUAACCAAAUUUUUAUUAUGGGUGGAGAUACUGAAUUCUCUGCUUGCUCAGCUUAUAAAUUCAACAGUGAAACCUAUCAGUGGACUAAAGUGGGAGAUGUGACAGCUAAGAGAAUGAGUUGCCAUGCUGUUGCAUCUGGAAACAAAUUAUAUGUUGUGGGAGGCUACUUUGGAAUCCAGAGAUGCAAAACAUUAGAUUGUUAUGACCCCACGCUUGAUAUGUGGAACAGCAUAACCACAGUGCCCUAUUCACUAAUCCCAACUGCAUUUGUGAGCACAUGGAAACAUCUCCCUUCCUAACUGCAUGUGUGCCUAUACAGUUUAUUGCAUUAUAAUGCUGAAUAAACCUUGGAACCAACUGUGGAGAAGUGGUUUUGAUGAAGACAUUUCUUUUUUGAAUUUGAAGAAGAUACUCUGCACCUUCCAAAUUCUUAAAAGUUGGAAAUGAAGGAAUGGGAGGGGGAAUAUUGUUUUUGGUAUAUCAGCACAUGGUUUAAU